GCAUGGAGGACGAGGACCUGGACCAGCUGCUGGACGAGGUGGAGCAGAGGUUCUGUAGACCCGAGACAGCACCGGGACAGCCAGGUUCCCUAAAACCUGAGCAGCCGAUGAGCAUCGUUGACGACAUCGACGCUCUUCUGGAAGAAUUCCUGGAGGAAGACUCCGACGACUCCCCUCAACGAAAGACACAACCGUUUCCCAAAGGAACACCAGGAGAGAAGAAGCCGUCGUCUCAGUCAGGAGGGAGAAAGUGCUGUCCUGUUUUUCUUGGCGGGAGCUCCGUUACAAGCGGCGUUGGAACGGCGACAUCCAAGAGGUCAUGUGACCAGCUGAGGUGUACUUCCUGUGACUUCCGGGUGCUGACGUUUGAUGACUGUGAGUGGGACUCGUCCUGUGAUUACCUGUUCCUCAGGAACAACAUGCCGGACCGUCAGAAGCUCAGAGCCAAGCUGAAGAAGAGGAGAGGUUUGCGGGCGUUCGCCUGCCAGUGCAGCUGGUUCUCCACCUCCGAGCCCACGGACCUCAGAGACCAACCUCAGCUCCGGUGGGUCUGUGGGAAACACCAGGACUGAAGCUGCUCAAGUACAAACGUACAGACUCAUUACUGGAAAUGUAACGGACCAGAAACUCCUGCUGCUUAUCGGUUCUUUACUCCGACUUUCAGGGACAAAUCCAUCUUCAAACAGAAAAAAUCUGCACUGAAACUUUAUCACUUACUCAAAAAUAAUCCAACAAUCAUGCAGUUAAACAAAAUAAUUAUUACCUUGACUCGUGAAGGUACCUGUUGAGUUAUAGUAAAUUAAGUCACACAAAAGCAGUUCUGAGUUCUCUGCCCUGUCGAUAAUAUUCAGUGAUUCAGAACUCGGAUGUCAAGGCACAGUUUAGUCUGAUCAACGCUCUUCUGUUCAGCUGCAAACACAAACAGAGCCACAUGGUAAUUAUUGAGCUCUCUGCUGAGGGUCUAUUUAAAAAAUAAAUAAUCAAUAAACUCAUGUUCCAUUGAGUUCAUGGUCAUUUAAAGCAGCCAAACACAAAAUUGGGAGAUUUUGUAGAAGUGCUGCAGGAAUGAGUCAGCAUUUAUUAUACACUUCCUGUUCCCUUGUCUUGAAUAUCUUUCUGGUUAGGUGUCUGAAAUAAAGUCUGUGUUUAACACAAGCUGAAGAGAUUUAAUGUUUAAAAUAAAUGCCCCUCUGGUGAAUUUAGAAGCUUUUCCUGUCAAAAAUAAAGUCUAAAUAAUAAAAUAAAAAUAAUAAUAAUAAUAAUAAUAAUAAAUAAAUAAAUAAAAUGGAGAUA